ACGGGCACACUAUUCUGGAGGUCAAGUUUACCCGGUCAAAAUAAACCAAUUUUGAUUUUACUAAAGAAAAAUUGCAAACCCUUGGAAUGCAAUAAGGCCUAGCCAUGGACGUCGACCUUUGUAGAGUUUGUCUGAACCCGUCGGAAGACAUGGUCAAUAUAUUUGAUGGCAUACCAGAAAAACGCAUUUCCAUAGCCGAUAUGAUUUCCCAUUCUACCGGACAUCAAGUUUCUGGAGAGGAUAAUUUGCCCAAAACCAUAUGCGCUCCUUGCAAGCAGGAUGCAACUAAUGCCUAUGAGCUAAAACAACUUUAUAAGAAAAGCCACAUGGCUUUCUGUCAGAUUCAAAAGGAUAAGGAGGAGAGGAGACUACUGGAGGAAGAAAGAUAUAAAGAAACAGAGCAUACUCAGAACAUCCGUACCCACACAGGCAAACAACCUUACAAGUGUUCCCAAUGUCAAAAAUCCUUCUUACGAAAGGGGAAUCUCCAGCGGCACAUCCUAACCCACACAGAAGAGUCUUACAAUUGCUCGCGAUGCCAAAAAUCUUUUUUGCGUAGCCAAAAUCUACGUCCUUACAAGUGUUCAGAAUGCCUGAGAGGUUUCACACAAAACGAAGAUCUGCAGCGUCAUAUGCGGAUCCACACUUACCUACCUUCAGCGCCAUUGUCAUAUGUAGACAUAUGUCCUGGCUGCGUGGAACUCUUGGAAAUAAUGGCGGAAUUAUUAUGGCAGGAAACUCAGCUCCUCUUAAAGAUUUCGGAGCGAUUGGACGAGCUGAAUGCUGUUAUCCGUAGAACUUGACAAACGUGGAGACAGGCUCUCCACUAACUUCCUCGAUUAAAUCAAUGAUGCCUUAUAAAAUAAACGUAAAUAAAUGUCAGCCAUUACUUACUUACCUAUUAUGUACUAUAAACUACAUAAACUUAAUACACUACAUGUACAUCACCACGAAUUACUACAAAAUAAAAUAAAUCUAUAUUUUCUACCUUA